GAUCAAUUAGAAUCAAUUAGCAUUAUUUAGUAUAUCUGAAUAUUUAUUAUAAGAGAUUACGUCUUUUUUCUUUCUUGGAUUAAUCUCUCUCUCAGUCCAGAAAUUGCUAAGAGCGUGAUAUGGAUCACUUCUGCUUCAGAUUUGUGGAACGGUCUGAAAAUUCGCUACUUGCAUGGAGAUGUGUUCAGAGUUGGUGAGUUGAAGGAGGAGUUCUAUGCUAUUUGUCAAGUUGCAAUUGUGGACUGAAAAUUGUUAGAGAUUAUGCAUCUGAGGAGUGUGUUGUUAAAUUUUUGAGAGGCUUAAACGAGCAAUAUUCCACUGUCAAGUCUCAGAUCAUGCUUUUAAAGCCUUUGCCUGAUGUCAAUACUGUCCUGGCCAUGCUAACACAGCAAGAACGCCAGCUCCAUUCGAAUUUCAUGGAUACUAAAAUAGUUGCAAACUCCAUGGAAGUGCAACACUCUUCGAGCAACAACCUUACCUCAAGAGGCAGAGGACGAGGCAGAAAUUCAGGACGAGGUACACAAGCUUCUAAAGGCUAUGGCAGAGGGUAUACUUCCAAGCUGUGCACUUAUUGCAACCGAAUUGGUCAUUUGGUUGAUAAUUGUUAUAAGAAGAAUGAUUUUCCUGCACACUUGAAGCAGAAAUCUGCAAAUCAUAUCAGCACUGAAAGGGCAAUUGAGGAUUCCAGUGCUGAGCUAAUUGAUUCUGGUCAAGAUGAUAAGAGUAAUGAGACAGUGCUUGUCUUGACUCCUGAUCAGAAGGAAACGUUAAUAGCUCUGCUCCAGCAACUACUCAUGACAGCUCCAACUAGUGUGAACCACAUUACUUCUUCAGCCACCCUCACUCAACCAAAAGGUAAACAUAUUUUGAGUGCAUGUUUUCAUAAAACCUCUUGGAUAAUUGACAGUGGUGCCAUUGAUCAUGCUUGCUAUAUCCAAGAAUUUUUGAAAACCUUCUUUCAUAUAAAACUAGUUUAAAUCAAUCUACCUUAUGGUUCCAAAACUACAACAAAUAUUUGUGGUACAGUGCAAUUUUCAGACACUUUGAUCCUUGCCAAUGUUUUAUUCACCCCUCACUUUAAAUAUAAUUUAAUUUCUGUUUCAAAGCUCACUAAAACAUUGCAUUG